GACUUUUGACCUGUUUCCGAAAACCCAAGAUCCAAUAAAUUGGAAUCGAACCAAACCGGAAAAAACAAAUGGACAGGACUCAUUUGCGAUUUUUAAGAUUUAGGCAAAACUCUUCUCUGUUUCGACGCAAAAGGAAGCAUUUUUAAUGGACGCAUUGGGUGGUUGCGGCGGCGCUGGUGGUUUCUGGGGAUGGAAUGGCUUCGAUCAACGGAGAAAGAAGAAGUCUUCCGGUGAUAGAGGUAAGAAACGUAAUUCUGGAUCGUCGGAUUCCGUCGAUGUGAGCAGAGACGCCGGCGGUUAUCGGUUUCCUUUGAAGCAAGCUGUGACGGCCGGAGCACUCACUUUCACCGGUGACACGAUUGCUCAGCUAUCAGGGAGAUGGAAAAAGAGAACCGCUCUUAAACAAUCAUCUUCUGAGCUUGACGAGGGGGAAUUGUGGAACAUUUUCUCAGAACAUGACUGGAUUCGUGCGCUGCGGAUGAGUUCUUACGGGUUUCUCUUGUAUGGUCCUGGUUCUUAUGCGUGGUACCAAUUCCUUGAUCAUUCUUUGCCUAAACCAACUGCGACAAAUCUAGUGCUUAAGGUUCUGCUUAACCAAGUAAUCCUUGGUCCAUCUGUGAUUGCUGUUAUAUUUGCUUGGAACAACUUGUGGCUGGGAAAGCUCUCUGAGCUUGGAAACAAGUAUCAGAAAGAUGCUCUUCCUACGCUUCUUUAUGGAUUUCGCUUCUGGGUUCCCGUUAGCAUACUUAACUUUUGGGUAGUCCCGCUUCAAGCUCGAGUAGCGUUCAUGUCCAUGGGUUCUGUGUUUUGGAACUUCUACUUAUCUUCAACUAUGAGCAAGUAGUUACAUUUAUAUUUGUAUUCUUCAGCCUCGCUGAGUGAUAAUAUAUCAUUCUGAAAGGUUUCAAAUACAAAAUUACUGUUUACCAAGAGACUAUGGAAGGCUCUUCUCAUCCUCACUCCUUCCUUUCUUUGAGUAUCGCACAACUAAUGUGUUACUCUGAUCAAACUCAUGGAAAACUAUCUCCUCUAAAAACUUUAGUUUGAGUGUUUUUCUUGAGUUCAACUACUUGUGGGUGUUGGGAUUAUUAGUUUCGAGAAGUUACUGUAUAAUUUUUGAAUUUUUAUCAUUUUAACUCUCAGUAACAAAUUACUUUAAACUUUUGAAUCUUAUGACUUAACCUUUUAAUUUUAUUCUCAGUGAUUGGCCUGA